AUGGACGAUGAGGACAGAAUUAAGAGUAUCUACCUCAGCUUGAAAAACAAAAACAAAAGGGAGUGGGCUGAGAUGAUGCAACACUUAACAAAAGACCAGAAGAGGAGAUUAAUCUUUUACAUAAGGAAGAAAAAUAAAAAUUCCCUCAACAAAAUCAACAACAUUAAAGUUGAAAAGAGGAUUGAAAAGGAUAUCGAGAAGGUUAAGGCCAAAAGUAGCAGUCACCACCGACAUCAGAUUCUAAUCGACUACACCAAUGUCAAGUACGAUCUAAAUUUAAAAAAUUACAUUGCCAGAAUAUUACGCAUUUACAAACUAAAAGACAAUUUCGAUUUCGUGAAAGGUCUCCACCUAUAUAUGAAUAUACUCUGUCAUGUCAUUUUUAAAAAAUUUUCAUUCGAAUAUAGCAAAAGGGACUCAAAAAAUAAGAACCUCCUCAUAUUCCUGAAGAAGCUCUUCCCCUUUGAGUUUCAAAAUUUCCAAGACAUAUAUAACAUGAGAUGGAACAAAGAUUUCAGCGCCUCUGAAAAUGUGCUCACUGUUGUCAACUCAGGAAAUGCAAUGAACGCUGGAAGUGGAAAUACCACCAUGAGUGACGCGGGGGCAACAUAUGGGAGACCAAGACAAGUGCACCACCCAUGGGGUGAUGAGAACAACGUGAAUGCUCCCCAACUCGGAAGCCAAAAAAUGGGCACACAAUCAGAUAAAUCGGCUAACACCGAUCCCUUCCGCACACACAGCUGUAGUUAUGCAAGCCUGGAUGGCGAUGCGCAGAAUAAUGGCACGCCACCCAGUUCGUUCGAGUGCUCUCUCCCCAGUGCGAGUUGCGCACCUGCUGUGGAAAGUCCCCAAGGUGAAGUCACCGCCAAUGGGCCUACACACAGUCAAACCGCGUCUAACCCAAGCGGCGCCAAUUCAACCGCAACAUACCCCAAUGUGUUAAUCAAAACGGAGCCAGAAGACCCCGAUUAUAACAAAUGCCACGAGGAUGAAGAGGAGGCAGACAAAACGACAGAGAUGGAGGACUACCUAAAUAAAAAGAUAAAGAGAGAACACACAGUUUACCAAUUCUGUAAACAAAAAGACAUGAACCAAAUUUUAAAAAACCUGUAUGAUGGAAGAAGGUUCGAUUAUAGAAUUCGAUUUAGGAGCCUCCUGUCGGGAAGCUUAAAUCAGAAGGAAUAUGAAAAAUAUUGUGACAUGAGGGAAAAAUUAUUUAAGUAUAAAAAAAAAAACUUUAUUAAAUGGCUAGCUCAGUUUACUAAUAUUAACACACUAGACCUGUACAUUGUAAACUUUUUCAUUUUUCUCUUCCUCGAUCGAUUAUACUUGAUUCUAGAGACAUACAUCCGACUCAACUACAACUUCACAGUGGCAUCUCCUUCAUCAUUGAGUGGGUAUCUGUUCGAACGUGUUGAUGAUUUUGUAGACUUCACGCAUUUGUUAGAUAGCCUAACUGCUGUGACUCCUGCAGGGGAAGCAGUUCAGGGGAGCCUCUAUCCUGGUCCAAACGAAGUAGCGGAAGGAAAAAACGAAGUAGAAAUGCUCAGCGAGGAGUAUGACAAUAUCGUGAAGGAGAACGCUCAAAAUUUCUUCCUCUCCCUUGAUUUGAUAUACGACCUAGAUAUACAUAACUUUAAAAUAAAAAAUAAAAUCUCUUUUGAAAGACUAAUCAGGGUGGACAUUUCCUCCUACAUCAACGAGACGAAUAUUUAUGGCCUCAUCCAGUUCGAUGAAAAUAAAAGCGAAAGCGAAAACGAAAGAGAAAGCGCUUGGAAGGCCCUCACACGAUUCACUCUCAUGCAGAACAGAAACCUAAAGCUGCCCAAGUUCAACUGCUUCUCCAUUUUCCUAAUCGUCCGCUUCAAGUACUACCUAGAAGAGUUUAAGCAGUACGCCAACAUCGAUUACAUUUACAAAACAGUAGAGGAGGAGUAUUACCAAGUGGAGAAAUAUUUGGCAGAAAAAAAUAACAAUGAGGAGGAAGGAGCCAUCCACGUGACCCCCCAACAUGGUGCACACGAUGAAAACGGCGAUCCGGUUGCUACUAAUGGUGCUGCUGCUCAUACUUCUGGUACGGACGACCCCCGCAGCGAUAAAGAAUUUGAAUAUAGCCAUUUGAUUCCCUUAUACCUGGACCUCCACAAGGAGUUGAAAACGGUGAAUGAGUACAUACGUUUUUAUGGGAACCUCCUGUCGUUUGUAAACUUCAUCGAGAAAUAUGCAAACUGCAUCCCCUCCAGGAAUAUUAUAAAGAUAGAACAGGAGGAACAGGAGGAGAAGAAGGUGGACUACUUUGAUUACUCUUUCUUCCUCACAUCUAAUUUUAAGGACAGGGUCAAGAAGGAGUAG